AUGUUCUUGGCCAAGGAAGAGCUCCACAGGUACCUGGGAUUGAUCCAGCGCUGCGCGACCCUAAUCGACGUCCACCGCGUCCACGUCCAAAUUGCCGCGACCAGGCACUACCUAAAGAACACUCUCCUGGCCAACACCCUGGUCCAAAUGUACGGAACUAUGGGCAGCCUGGCGGACGCACGGAACGCCUUCGACGCCAUCGCUGCCGCACGGAACCUCUUCUCCUGGAAUAUUCUCAUCGCGGCGCACGUACGGCACUCCCAGCCCGGCGAGGCGGAGAGAAUCUUUGCCAAGAUGCCCGCCCGGGACGUGGUGUCGUACAACACGGUGAUAGCGGCGCUGGCGAGGGCGGAUAGAGUGGUAGCGGCGAGCGAUCUCUUCUGUGAGUGCCCGGAGAGAGAUCCAGUGUCUUGGAACGCGAUAAUCACAGCGCUUGCCCAAUCUGGGCAUUUGGAUCUCGCGAUGGCGCUGCUUAAUCGAUCACCACAAUUCGGCCUCGUUUCGUCCACCUCGAUCAUGGCUGCUUGUGUAGCUCAAGGGCGGAUCGAUCGCUCGCAAGAAAUUUUUAAUGGGUUGCAACAACAGGACGUGGUCGCGCAGACGAUCCUCUUCGCGGCAUAUGCCAAAAUAGGGGAUAUUUCUCGCGCUCGCUGGAUGUUCGAUCGCAUCGCAAUCAAGGACUCCACAUCCUGGACGACAAUGAUCGCCGCAUACAUUGGCGGCAGCGAUGACGAUCUCCGAGAAGCAAGGAAUCUCUUCGAUCGGGUCCAAGACCCGGAAGCCGCGACUUAUAACGUGAUUAUUUCCGCAUAUGCCCAAAAAGGGCAAAUGGAGGAAGCCCGGCGAUUGCUGGCUCGCAUGCCUCAUCCUAAUCCAAUUUCUUGGACUACGAUCAUCUCAGGCUACAACAAGCUUGGCGAGAUCGACUGUGCCCGAGAAAUCUUCGAUCAAAUGCCCGAUCGAGACACGGUGGCCUGGAACGCGAUGAUCUCUGGCUACUGCCAGAGCGCGCGGCCCAGCGAGGCCUUGGAUCUCUUCAAGCUCAUGAUCGUGGAAGGGAUCAAUCCAGCGCGCGAGACAUUUGUGGCCGCGAUCGAUGCCUGCGCUGCCGUGCCCGCCGAGCGCGAGGGCAAGCUCGUCCAUGUCGAGCUCCUGGCCAGCGGCGUACGGCCCGACGACGCCCAGGCCCACAAUGCACUACUGUCCAUGUACGGUAGGAUGGGCCACCUGGAAGUGGCCAGGGAUCUCUUUGACGCCAUGGAAUCUUCCCGGGAUCGCGUCACCUGGACCGCCAUGCUGGCGGCAUAUGCCCAGAGCGGGCAUCUGCGGGAUGCGCUGGGGAUCUUCCAUGCCAUGGUGCUCCACGGCGAGGCCCCCGACGGCGUGACCUUCAUUAACGUCCUGGCAGCGUGCGCACACGCGGGCCUCGUACGGACGGGGUGGGCGCAUUUCGUGUCCAUGUGGCCCACGUACGGCGUGGAGCCGGGGGCCAGGCAUUUCGUGUGCAUGGUGGACAUGCUCGCGCGCUCCGGGGAGGUGUGUAAGGCCGCCGAGCUGGCCGGGUGUAUGCCGUACCAGCCCAGCUCCAUGGCGUGGAUGUCCAUGGCGGGAGCUUGCAGGGAGCAAGGGGAUGCCAUCCUGGGUGAAAAUGCGCUAGAAUAUGCUCUAGACGGACCCUUCGAUGCCCGGAGCGUUGCCGGGGUGGCACUCUGGUCUAAAAUGCGUUGA